ACAGUUCGCCCGUUCCGUUAUCGGAGUGCGUCGAUAACAUUUGACCUACGAACCGAACAAUUAGACUGAUUAAGUCAACGCGGACCCUAAGGUAUCUUCGUUCGUGAGCGUCACAAGCCAAUUCGAACGUACACCGACAUCAGAAUAAUAUCUAAAUGAGUUAUCGUACGUCUCGCUCACGCCGGUACAUGUGCGGACAAGUAAGAACGAAAUGCACGAUAACUGAAUGACAUCAUUUAGAGCUACCAACAACCAGACUAGUCUUUCGAGCAUAAGCGCCGGCAGCGGGGUGCAAGGGGUCGUGCCCGACGCAGGAUUCUCGAGACAAAAAAGAUGUAUAGUGAUCCAGAAACAAUCAGGAACCCAUGGAGACAGUGCAGAGGGAGAUGGAGACGAUGACUACCGCCGUCCGCAGCCGAAAGCACCCAUGACUGACCGAUUUAGGAAACAGGACAAAAUAUAUGAUGCUGAAGAAAUAUUACCGGAGUUCCAGAGGUUAAGGAAACGUUUCGACAGACUUAAAUUGAAGAAACCAAACAAGUUUUUUUAAAAUAAUGUAAAGAAAAAUAAAAUUAAAAAAGUGACACGCGCACACAAUUUCGUUAUGAUUAGUUAAGUUUUGGAGGAAGAAAAUUUCGAGAAGAAAACCUCGAUUUUUGAGAUUUUUACGCAGGAUUUUUUACCACUGCUGCAAUUGUCCUUAUCGCACUAAUUUUUCGAGCCGCUCCCUUCAGCGCGACGGAGCUAUUUCCCUAAAAUUCUCAAAUUUGAGUAGGGGCUCAGCUGGUAUUUCCUCGUUAUUAAAGAAUAGUAAACACUCUGUCACGUAGUCUUGAAUCUUGAUUCGAAUACUUCUGGUGCUGUCUGUGGGUAAAUAAUAUAAUAUAAAACCGGGUGACAGCUGGUAGCUACAGCUACCUAUGGAAGGUAGAGGCAAGGAACAGAAACUCCGUAUACCAAAAUGUGUCCGACAAAAAAACAUAAAUAGGUGGCGCUACAAUACCUAGAAUACUUGAGAAAAAAAUCUAAUCAUAGACAGCGCACUUCACUCAGUCAAUAACGUCUAGGUUCUUAGCUAUUCUAGCGCUACUCUGGAGAGAUUUGGAACUAUUAUUUAUAGCUGACAGCUGGACACUUUUGCAACAGUUCUGCCUAAGGGGAUUCUGUUACUUGCCUCUAACUUCCAUAAAUACAGCUACCAAAAGCAGGUGAGUGGAUAAGAUAAAUAAAAUACAUGAGCAUA